AUGGGCUUAAAAUCUUCCAUACUUUUGCAUGAAGAAGAUAUUGAGGAACUGCACAAUGAGACUGGUUGUAAGUUGAAAGAAUUUUGCUGGCAAAUGGCAAAUGCAUAGUGCUCUCCCUUGGGAUGUACACUUUUUAAAUCGUUUUUCACUACAAGUUAUCAUCUAAACGAAUGUUUGAUCGUUGUGUCCUUAGUUUCUCCAAAUCAAAUAAGAAGACUCUACAGUAGAUUCAAAAGUCUUGAUAAAGCAACAAAAGGCACGAUAAGGUUGGUUAAAUGUGUAGAUUUAGAACCGUUCGUUUUUGCGCAUAGAGAUGAAAAUCAGCUGUAACUCAGCAGGACCUGAACAAUCGAUGACAAUCGAUAACAAUUAAUCGAUUGAUAUUGAUAAACGAUGAACAAUCGAACGAAAAAGUUGCUGUAAUUUUCAAUUCUCAUCAAUUAUCAAUUAUUAUGGAAAAUCAAUUGAAAUCGAUCAUUUUUUAUUGUAAAACCCUAAUUUCAAGAACUUCGAUUUGAUUUGAUUUCAAGUAACUUGCAUUUGAAGUCUAUUCAGGUUUUUGACCGGAAAUGGCAUUUACACACAAUCUUAAGGCCGAGCGAUCACUCUCCUGACGCAAAAGCUGAAAGCAAUUAGGAUGUUUUGAGGAGGGAAAUAAUUUCCCUUUUCUGUCUAGUUGACGAUAUUCGAUAAACACAAACUACUUUCAUGUGAUUAUCAAUCGUUCAUUGAUUAGCCAAUAGCAGUCAAUAACAAUUUACUAACAUGCAUAGAUUAAAAUCAAUUGAUGUAUUAGAUUUCUGAUCAUGGAUUUUGUUAAUCGUUCAGGUCCUGAAAUCGAGGAACAUCAAGAUUGAUACAAUAAAAUGUUUUCUGUUUGAUUAACAGUCGUGAAGAUUUUAUGCGCAUACCUGAGUUGGCCAUCAAUCCAAUCGGUGAACGGAUUAUUGAUGCCUUCUUCAUGAAUGAAGAAAGCAAGUAAGUUCUCUCUUUGAAACUGUAAGCAGAUAUCAAAGUUAAUGUCUUGUUCUGGCUAAUGGUGUAAGCCAUGUAAUCAAUACUGUAAAAACAUUCUUAAUGGGAUUGGUUAUCACCAGCCUAAUUUGAGCACUAAUAGCACAGUGCAUGUGUCAUGACCCAACAUUAAGUAAAGACUUAAGCUCCAUUCAAAUGGUCAUGUUAGUUUAUGAUAGUUCUAACUCUCAUGCACAUUUGAUCACAAUACUAUCAUGCAUUAUCAUCAACUAUCAUGUAGGUUGGACAAGUUCAAAUCUGACAUGAUAGUUGAUGAUUGUUUUGCAGUUUUAUCAAGGGAACAAUACUAAAUGAUAGUUUUUUUGGUCAGCAGUUUUGCUAAAGACAGUCUCAAAUUGAAAUAGCAAAUGCUAAAUGACCAAAAGCUGUCAAAAUUUUGCAGAAUGUCUCAAAUUUCAUUCUGGUCAUCUCCUGGUUGGCUUCAGUAUCUUCAACUUCUUUUGUCAAAAAUCGUCCACCAUCAUGAACCAUUUGGAUGCAAACAUGCUAGUCAAUGAUAGUGAAUAACAGUUGAAACUAUUAUGGACUAUCAUCAACUAUUUGACUGUUUGAACAGGGCAGUAAGUCACUUGCUCAGUGAACAGGAAAGAAUGGUUUAAUCUGAUUGAAAAACUGUAAUAGACAUUUAUUCAAAGAUAAAAAAAUUGCACAAGCCUACAGGGUAAGUGCAGUAUGUAGUCUUUGAAAAAUUUAUAGACAUGCCAAAUUGCAAGAUAAUUCAUGUUGUUAAUUAUCUACAUGAAAAAAAGUUACAGAAAGUCAAGACAGACAAAAUUUUAAAAGUGUGUAGGUACCAUUUGUAAUUUGCACUUGUGUUAAAAGUUUUCACUAGUGUUACAUGAGAAUGCACUUGUUUUCAGCCAAUCAGAAGUGCAAAAUUGUUUCAUUUACAUUAUCAUUGAGAAAACGUACUCAAAAGGUAAAUCUAUCUGCUAAAUACAAUAAUUACAUUUUUUUUUUUUUCUUAGGGAAAGCGGAGAAGAAACUUGUAACUUCAGACAGUUUGUUAGAACCUUAGCGCAUUUCAGACCAUAUGAACCAUCGAAGGAAAACCCUCUUAACACCAGAGAGAAAAAACUUCAAUGUAUGUUGGGUUAUAUUUACCUGAAGAUACAUGUGAAAUGUCUUUUCUUUAGUCAAGUUCAUUUGCAAAAAGUAAAAUAUUGAUGGAGUGUGUUAAUUUGUAUGUUUUUGUUUUUGUUUUGUUAAGUAUCAGCUUUUUACAUCAGCGCAUGUAACAAGGUUUUCACUGAGAAAUUUAAAAUUCAACGCAUCCUGAACUGAAAAUGUUGAGUUAUUCAAAAGAUGCAGACUAACCUUCCUGUGAAUGAGACACAGUUUCUAAACAAGGACUGUCGCAGUGAUUCAAUCUGCAUAAAGGUCUUGCCCAAAAGAGCCCUCUGGCUCUGCACAUAAUUUAAGAGUGAGCUUACUCUCUCAACAUUGUGUUGCUGUAAUAACUUUAUCAGACACUUAUGGUUAAGAUGGUGUUUAAAAAUCAAAUGAAAACUUUGAUUUGCACUUAGUUUUGUAUUAUUUUUCACUUUACAGUUACCUUCAAGAUCUAUGAUUUGGACAAUGAUGGGAAAAUAUCCAAAGAUGAUCUCAUGCAGGUACAGGGAUGUAUUUUUUAACAAUUAUAAAACACUAAGAGCAUAGCAUCCAGGGCCUGCAUUCUUUUUCGGCCUGUUUGACUUUUAUAACAUGACUCUUGCCUAUGUUGAAACAAAAUUUGAACUUUCCAAGGGAACAAGUGUAAAAGCCAGCUACACCCCUCACCACAAAGGCAAUUUAUAAUCAAAAGUUUGACCAAUGCCUCUAAGGUUGUAAUGGAAGGUUUUAUAUUUGAAAGAAUUUGUUUUGCCAGUCCCAUUUUCAGUUGUUUCAAGUUACAAAGGUUGUAGAUCAAAGGUGUAGGCUGUAGAUGAUUUGAGCUAUAGAUGAUGUGCUCUUGACAGUUGCAACAAUGCUUUAGCACUUAAACCCCCAUGAAUGAUUGGUUUCUAAUUUCUCCAUGUGGUAUCACCCUUGAAUCAAAUAAAUAAAUGAAUAAAUAAAUAAAUAUUAAAUAAAUAAAUAAAAUUAGAAAUGAUCAUGGGAAACUCCUGAUUGUCAAACAAAUUCUGCCAGUCAGUACCAAAGGAAACAUGAAGAAAACAGUGUUAGGAUGUGAAGGGUUAAGUUCCUCAAAGUGAAGGCAAUCCCAAAAAGGACUGUUGUUUGUGGUAAUCAGUGUCAGAGCUUUUGACAAUCCAAACAGAUGUCAUCAACUCAGUCAUGGAUGAAUAUUUACAUGAGCUGGUGAUUGUUAUUUUCAAGGUCCUUCACAUGAUGGUUGGCAGAAAUAUCAGCGAUGAACAACUUGGUGGGAUCGCUGACCGCGCAAUAAGUGAUGCAGAUUUAGAUAAAGAUGGUGUCAUAUCAUUUGAGGAACUGAAGAGAGUAAGUGAAUAUCUUAUGAUUUACCUUUAAAUAGUGCUGUUCAAAGCUUUCCUGUGGGCCAAAAAUGGUACACUACAUUGUGUACUCAGCACAUUGUGAAUACUUGAUAAGUAAUAGUCAAAAAGGACUUUUUUGUGUACACAGUGUGGCAAACACACCCAUAAAUUUUCCAAUUGAGAGAUUGGAAACUAGCAAACAGCUGAAAGGCAUUGUAACACACAUCUUGUCUUAACAGGAAAUGGGUGGGAGAAUUUGCUGUAGUUACUCAAACCUCAGGUGCAGCAAGGGUUUUCAUAACUUUUGGAAUUCUUUCAACCCUGAGUGUUUAAUUGAGGUUAAUAUUUUAGGCAAAGAAUAAGCUUCUAGUGCUUGGUAAGCACAAAAUCAUAAUUUAAAAUGUUACAACUGUGUUUUCAUACCCUGACAAACUUUUAGACCAAUGAGAGCGUGCAUUUAAUCUCAUUUAUUAUAUUGUGAGGAGAAAUUCCACCUUGGUCACUCAUGAAGUAAAAGGGUUAAUUUGCUGUCUUUUUUAGGUACUGGAAAAUGUAGACAUGAACUCAAAGAUGAGCAUACGUUUCCUGGCUUGA